GCUUUUCAAUGAAUCUUGAUACACAUACAUUAGUCAAUUGACAACAACUAAUCUUGUCUUUCAGAUCACGUGGCAGCCGUGGGAUGUGAUACCCUCGAGCUCAGAUUCCUGUAUGAGUCAGCUAGGACCGUUGCUCGCUACCAUAUUCUCCUCAAGGGCUCGAUCUGCCGGGCUUGGUUCUUGAGUGAGUGCUUCGCAUGCCAGACUCUAAGAUUGCCUGCCCCACUCGUACCGACGGCACCUCCAGCAUCUAUGAGAGAGACACACAGACUUUCUGCUGAGCAGGUGAUCCAGUUUAUGGUAGGAUUGGAGACGAAGUACUUCCGUGCAGAGGGCGACUAUGCGACCUUUAUUCAAACUUACCUGAUGCCGCCUCUGACCGUCGUUCGCGGAGGUGAGGGAAUGAGAGCUCCAGCUGAGAGAGAGAGAGGUAGAGAAGCCAUAGUGACCAGGUCUCGCAGGAGAAGAGAUCCUGGGGAGAGGCAAGAGCCGGGAUGGCCAGAGCUGGGAGAGGCAAGAGCCGGGAUGGCCAGAGCUGCCUACUACAGUGACUUAUCGGAGACGUUUUGGGGAGAUUUGCCAGAUCCCCAUUGAGCCUGCUCUAGCCGGUCAUGAGCUUGUCGGAGUUCGAGGCCCGACUCUGAGUACACAAGGCAGGCCCUCGGGCUAGUGGCUUCCCUGACUAAGAUGGUACAGACGAGCUUGGAUCUGCUCAGCCUCUACAGGAUCCCGAUUCCUUUCGAGAUACCAGCCCCAUCGGGCACCCCAGCAGGAGCAGCGGUAGGACCUUCAGUUCCUCUCCCAACAACAGAGAGGAGAGGGAGACAGGCUCAGGCACGCAGCCGAGGCGGAGUUAGGGGCACCCGUGGCAAGAGUGGCCCUUCAGAGCCCAUUCUUGGCGAUGAUGAUGACGAGACGAGCGAGGAGGCUGAGAUAGCGAGUCGACAGUCCGAGCCAUCUGAUGGCGGAGGCGACAACGCCGGCUCGGAUUCUGCAGUUAGUGAGGCUGGAGAGGUUGAGGAGGGUUCCGGUUUACGCUCUGAUCCAGCUUCAGACAGCGGUGCUAAUGGUGACGAUGCUCUAGAGUCUACUCGGUCGAGGAAGAGGACGAAGAGAGCCUCUCGAUCUUGAGCUAGUCGGCACCGAUUUAGAUGCUUUUUGCUUUGUUUUCUCUUUUUGCUAAUAGUAUUAGCACUUUGUACAGCCUUAGGCAGUUUUAUUUUCUUUAAAACUUGUACUUUUUUUGCAAAAAG